AUGUGGAAACCAAUUAUUUUGGACGUAGAGUGCAUCGUUUGCAACAAAUCGUUGCAAAAGAUUAGCCACGAUCCGAGGGAAGAGACGAGAAGAAUGGGAAAAGUUACCAACAGGCGGUCUAGGACGCCGAAUUGGUCCCUUGACGAGAAGCAGUACUUACUGGAGUUAAUAAAGCAACGUAAAGACGUUGUUGUCACACAAAAGAACAGCGGGCCCAAUCAUUCUGAAGAGAAGGACAUAGCAUGGAAUGAGAUAUUGCAUGCAUUGGCUGUUAGAUUUGGCUCCAAAUUUUCUGCAAGUAACAUUAAAAAGGUGAAAACUCAAUGGCAAAAUAUGAAGCGUAUUGCACGUGAAGAAAUAGCGGCGGUCGGUCCAACCGUUGAGAAGUUUUCAAGACAAUCGUUUGAGGUGUGCAACAUACUGGAUUUAGUUAAAGAUGGUAUGUACAAGGGAAAUGACAAUUUGACCGAAUCAACGUUAACCACUGACGUCGUUAUUAAAACCGAACGGAUAGACGACGAAUUGAACCAGCCAAGCUGCAGCACAAGCGACUUCGCAAUAGUCUUAGACAAUCAAGACAUUCCUCCACAACCUGAUGAGGUCAGCGCCGAAAACCCAGGCCCGAGUUACUUCCCCACUUCUCUGUCAUCCACCAUUAAUGAAAACCACAUCAGUGCGCAAUCUUCAAGUUCGACGACUUCAGAACAAUCAGAAAUGAAUUAUUUUGAACAGGACGAGCCUAUGGAAGGACCAGCUAAGAGGAGCGUCUCUUGUAUGACAGACCCUAUCCUAGAGGCUAAUAUUAGCGCCUUCCACAAAGACCUUCAGGAAUUCUUUAAAUAUUCUUCGACAGAAAAGCAGGUGAAGAUGGAAUCUUUGAAAGAAGAACGCUCAGCAGUAAGAGCUAUGAGGGAAACUGCUGAAUUAAAUAAAAUUAUCGCUGAGCAAAAACUGAAGCAUGUUUUGUGGAUGAAAAAAAAAGAAAUGUCAAUGUACUCUGGAGAACCUGGGUCAGGAGCUGGAAAGGGAGGUGGCGGCGGUGGAUCCAUCCGCGAGGCAGGAGGUGCCUUUGGCAAGAUGGAGGCCGCUAGGGAAGAUGAGUUCUUUUACAGAAAGCAAAAAGAGCAGUUGGCAAAUCUGAAAGGUCACUUGAACAAGGAGAUCGGCUUUCAUCAGGAACAAAUCAAACGUCACGAAGACGCUAUCAGGCGCCACAAAGAGCAAAUGAGUGAUAUCGAUAAGAAGCAUUAAGUUUAAUUAUGUCAAGCGUCUAAAUUGCAAGCACUUAUGUCAAAAGUUGGUAAAAAGUGAAUGUUUUAUUAAAUUAAGAAU